CAUUUCUUCCACGCCGGAGAAGAUUUCCACAGGGUUUAACCAAAAACCCUAAACCCCCAUGGCUAGAUCAGCUAGAUCCUCUACGACGCGCCUAUUCUACACCCUCUGCUCCUCAACCAAAAGGACGCCGUUGACUCCUCAACACCCACCGCCAACUCCAGUCGCCGCCUUAUUGGCCGGAAACUUCCAGCUCCGCCACUACGCCGCCGGUAGUGCCACCGCUAGAGUGAGAGAAGAGAAAGAUGCGGUAUGGAGGGAGUCGCUCGAAAAAGUGCGGAAUAUUGGGAUUUCAGCUCAUAUUGACUCCGGUAAGACUACACUGACAGAGAGGGUAUUGUUUUAUACGGGCCGGAUCCAUGAGAUCCAUGAAGUUAGGGGUAAAGAUGGAGUUGGUGCAAAGAUGGAUUCCAUGGAUUUAGAAAGAGAAAAAGGGAUUACUAUACAGUCUGCUGCUACUUACUGCACUUGGAAGGACUACCAGGUGAACAUAAUAGACACACCUGGUCAUGUUGAUUUCACAAUUGAGGUGGAAAGAGCCUUGCGUGUCCUUGAUGGAGCCAUUCUUGUUCUUUGUAGUGUUGGUGGUGUGCAAAGUCAGUCUAUCACUGUUGAUAGGCAAAUGAGAAGAUAUGAUGUCCCUAGACUUGCUUUUAUUAAUAAACUUGAUCGGAUGGGGGCAGACCCUUGGAAAGUUCUUAACCAGGCAAGAUCAAAGCUUCGGCAUCACAGUGCUGCUGUGCAAGUUCCGAUUGGGCUAGAAGAUGACUUCAAGGGUCUUAUUGAUCUCGUGCAGUCAAAAGCUUACUAUUUCCAUGGUUCCAAUGGUGAGAAGAUUGUCGCAGAAGAUAUUCCUGCUGAUAUGAAAGCAAUUGCUUCUGAGAAGCGGCGAGAGCUAAUUGAAGCAGUCUCUGAGGUUGAUGAUAAGCUUGCUGAAUCAUUUCUGAAUGAUGAACCUAUAUCAUCUGCUGAUCUUGAGGCAGCCAUUAGGAGAGCGACAAUAGCACGGAAGUUUGUUCCUUUUUUUAUGGGUAGUGCUUUCAAGAACAAGGGAGUUCAAACACUUCUUGAUGGCGUUCUCAGUUACUUGCCUUGUCCAGUUGAAGUUAGCAACUAUGCUCUGGAUCAAACAAAGGACGAAGAGAAGGUUACCUUAACCGGAAACCCUUCUGGCCCUUUGGUUGCCUUGGCAUUUAAAUUAGAGGAAGGGCGUUUUGGUCAAUUGACCUAUUUAAGAAUCUAUGAAGGUGUCAUCCGGAAGGGCGAUUUUAUAAUCAACGUGAACACGGGAAAGAAGAUUAAGAUUCCUCGUUUGGUUAGAAUGCAUUCAAAUGAGAUGGAGGAUAUCCAAGAGGCUCAUGCUGGGCAGAUAGUUGCUGUGUUUGGCGUAGAUUGUGCCUCAGGGGAUACUUUUACUGAUGGAUCAGUCAAAUACACUAUGACUUCUAUGAAUGUCCCUGAACCAGUGAUGUCAUUAGCUGUUUCACCUGUUUCUAAAGACUCUGGUGGACAAUUUUCAAAAGCUUUGAAUCGUUUUCAGAAGGAGGAUCCUACAUUCCGUGUGGGUUUAGAUGCUGAGAGUGGUGAGACAAUCAUAUCUGGCAUGGGGGAGCUGCAUCUGGACAUAUAUGUUGAGCGCAUCCGGAGAGAAUAUAAGGUUGAAGCUCAGGUUGGAAAGCCUCGUGUAAACUUCAGGGAAACCAUCACUAAGCGAGCAGAUUUUGAUUAUCUACACAAGAAGCAAAGUGGUGGGCAAGGUCAAUAUGGUAGAGUAAUUGGGUAUGUUGAACCUCUUGAACCAGGGUCAGGCAGUAAGUUUGAAUUUGAGAACAUGCUUGUUGGACAAACUAUUCCGUCAAACUAUGUCCCUGCAAUUGAAAAGGGUUUCAGGGAGGCUGCCAAUUCGGGUUCUCUGAUUGGUCAUCCUGUUGAAAAUAUCCGUGUUGUUUUGACGGAUGGUGCCUCACAUAAUGUUGAUUCAAGUGAACUUGCAUUCAAAUUAGCUUCUAUUUAUGCUUUUAGACAGUGUUAUACUGCGGCCAAGCCUAUUAUUUUAGAACCUGUGAUGCUGGUGGAUAUAAAAGUGCCAACAGAAUUUCAGGGCACUGUUACUGGGGAUAUCAAUAAGAGGAAAGGUGUCAUAAUCGGCAAUGACCAGGAAGGAGAUGACUCUGUAAUUACUGCCAAUGUUCCUCUCAACAUGAUGUUUGGGUACUCAACAUCUCUUCGAUCAAUGACACAGGGGAAAGGUGAGUUCACAAUGGAAUACAGAGAGCAUGCCCCAGUUUCAGGAGAUACGCAAACGCAACUUGUUAACGCAUACAAGGCCAGCAAAGAAAGUUGAAAAGAUGGUGUGCCUUUGAAGCUCCUGCAACUACAGCCUGUUUAAUUAUUUUUUUUAUGAAUUUGUCUCCUUGGGUGGGAGCAAUGUUGUGAAAUCCUUAGGACCAGAAUUGGUCAGUCAAUUUUGAUAUGCUGAAUAAAACAAUAACAUUCCAUAAUGUAUACAAAUAAUUGCUUAUAUACAUAUAUAUAGGUUGUGUAUUCCCGUUGAAA